AUGAAAUUCCUUAGAAUUUCUUCUUUUCAACUAUUACUGCUAUUCGCCGUCGUCUACUUCCCCUUUACCGUCCGUUCAGAUGAAAUUAAUGUUCUUCUUUUGCCUUCCGAUCAAGUAAACCAAGACAUUUGCCCCGCGCCGCCGUCUCCCCCCGAGUUCUGCCCCGUUAAUUGCUUCCGACCCGACCCGGUCUGCGGCGUCAACGGCGUGACGUACUGGUGCGGCUGCCCCGACGCGCAAUGUGCCGGCGUGCGUGUUGCUAAAACAGGGAUGUGCGAGGUCGGAAACGGAGGUUCCGGUCCGGUUUCGGGCCAGGCCCUACUGUUGGUUCACAUUGUUUGGCUUGUGUUACUUGGUUUCGUUGGACUCUUUGGGCUUCUAUGA